CUAAUUUUGGAGACUCUUUCUCUCUCUCUCUCUCUCUCUCUCUCUCUCUCUCGUAAAAAAAUCAUUUUAUUAAAAUAUCAAUAAAAAAUCUCAAAAUGCUGCGUCUUUUAUGGUAUUCUUCUUAUGAGAAAUAAAACAAUAUCGCAUGUAUUUGAUAGCAAUGUCACAUUAUGUUAAACAUCAGAACUUUUGUAGAUCCAAUCAAAAAAUAAUUGAAUGUUUUAAACUUUAUAUAAACUAACUAUAUAAUAGUUAUUAUAUCUAAAAGUUCUGGUUGCAUAUCAAAAUAUUUGUAAUAAUUAGAAUUAUAUUUAUUAUCACCAAAAUUUGCUUAAUUAAAUAUAUCUUGUUAAGUCAUGAUUAUUUUUCCUUACGAUAAGAAAGCUGCGCAUCGAUAAUGUGAAUAAUAAUAUUUUCAUUAAGAAUUAGAGUCCAGUUACUGAUCAAAGUAUCAAUCUUGUGCGCAAGUGUAAAAUGUAUGAUGUAUCAUGUAUCCAAUGAUGCUUAUAUAUUCAUGAGCAACUGUUUUUGUAUUGAAAACCUCUCCAGUUUAUAUUGAAACAUAAAAUAAUUUUUUUAAAUGAAAUUUUUUUAAAAUUAAAUUAUUAAUGAUCAACUUUGUCAAGUCAUGAUAUGUUCAAAAGUGCCAUGCGCAUUUAACCGCCGUGAUUAAUGUAUCACGUGAUUUUAACGUCUGAUGUCACACGAACAAUUGCUAUAACAGCGAGAAGCGUUUUCCCCUCCCAUCUUCAUUUUAUUCACGAUAAGAUCCGCGCAACACGUACGCAUUCAUAACGUUCUACGCCGCGUUCGACGAAGCAUCUCGUUUAUCUCUUUACCGUCACGAUGGACUCGUCGUUGCUUUCAUCGCCCUUUACGCUACUAUUAAUUACUCUGAUCGUCAUUGGUAUCCUAAAAGUUGUCACAGCAAUGUACCGUUCGUAUUUUUUCUGGAAAAAUAAAGGCGUGCCAUACUUGCCAAAUUCGCUGUCGUCUCUUAUAAUGGGCUGGAAAUUGUUUUUUGGUCGCAUAAGUUUUGCCGAUCAUUUCAAAUUUUUAUACGAUUACUUCCCAAACGCUAAAUAUGUUGGAAUGAUGGAUUUUGGCACGCCUGUCGUGCUAUUGCGUGAUCCCGAGCUGAUCAGAGACAUCACGGUAAAAGAUUUCGAACAUUUUCCGGAUCAUCGUAGUUUCGUUGACGAAGACUUGGAACCGUUAUUCGGUAAAAAUAUCUUCGCCCUGCGCGGUGAUCGUUGGAAAGAAAUGAGAAAUACGUUAAGCCCGUCUUUCACCGCUAGCAAGAUGAAGAUGAUGUUUGAUCUGAUUUCGAAAUGCUCUGAGGACUUUGUUAAUUAUUUGGCGGAUCAUCCAGAAAUCUGUCAUGAGAUGGAGACAAAAGGAGUCUUUAGACGGUACACUAACGACGUAAUUGCUACUGCAGCCUUUGGCAUAAGUGUAAACUCUAUGAAGGAUCAAGAUAAUGAAUUUUACAUGAGAGGCGUGGAGGCUACCAAAUUUUCUGGCGGAUUUCUAGUAAUGGUCAAGAUGGUAUUAAUGCGUGCAUUUCCAAAGUUCUCCAAAUGGAUGGGUCUGACAUUUUUUCCAUCGGCUACAGCAAAGUUUUUUAAAACCGUCGUGGCGGAAACCAUCAAAGCGCGAGAAGAACAAAAUAUCGUCCGACCCGACAUGAUUCAUUUACUGAUGCAGGCUCGGGAUAAAAAAAGCGCCAGCACACACCAAAUGUCUCUGGACGAUAUCGUCUCGCAAGCUUUCAUUUUUUUCUUCGCCGGUUUUGAUACGUCUUCGACGCUGAUGUGCUUCGUUGUUCACGAAUUGGCAGUUAAUAAAGACAUUCAGGAUCGUUUGCGCCAAGAAGUGCAACAAUAUUUUGUCGAAGGAAACGGUAAGAUCUCCUACGAUUCGCUGUCGCAAAUGUCUUAUAUGGACAUGGUGAUUUCCGAGGCUCUCAGAAAAUAUCCACCGUCGUUCUUCAUUGACAGACUUUGCGCAAAGAGAUACGAAUUGCCUUCGUCGCAACCGGGCUGCAAGAACGUGAUUGUCGAGCCUAAUAAUAUGCUGAUGUUUCCGGUUUAUGGUUUACAUCGCGAUCCGCAGUACUUUCCGAAUCCCGACAAGUUCGAUCCCGAGAGGUUCAGCGAGGAGAACAAAGACAACAUUGUGCCGUACAGUUAUCUACCAUUCGGUCACGGACCUAGAAAAUGUAUCGGCAAUCGAUUUGCUUUAAUGGAGACAAAGAUUCUAAUAGCUCAUCUUUUACAAAGGUUUACUCUGAAAACUACGGAAAAAACCGUUGAACCGGUCGUAUUCAAUACAAAAGAGUUUUCGUUACAACCUGUUGGAGGAUUCUGGGUCAGUUUAGAGAAGAGAGAAACGUGAAAAUAUUUUACAAAAAUGUGGCCACUUUUAACAUUCACAGAUGUUCAAUAUAUUUAUGUAUUUUAGUAAAUGAUUGAAGUGUACAAUAAGAUUUACUUGCAUCGUAUCACAUCGUUGUGCAAGGCGAAUGUUCGAACCGGAUGAUUAAGUUCUUACACAAGGUUGACAUUUACAAGGUUUUCCUUUUGUUUUUCCUUCCUAUUUACGAAAAAAUUGUUUUUCUAAAUUUUGUUAAAUAAAUAUUACAGCUUGAUAUUCACUAUACAAUUUGCAUAAUGACGGAAAGAAAUUAAUAGUUUUGGACACUUUGAAUUUUAUAUUAUAUGGAAAUACGAUAGUAUUUUGUUCAAGUUCACGCCUAGGAUAUCUUAAAAAACCGAUAAGUUUUUUAAUGUUGUGAGCGCUAAUUUUAAUGUUUAUGUAUUACGUUUGAAUUUAUCUAUUAUUUAGAGUAUGAUUUGUGACUAAGAAUGACUGCAUUAAGUGGUCGAAACUUUUAACAUUUAUGUUUAUGUUUAUUAAAUCAUUGUUAUAACUAACAUUUUCACCUUUCAUUAGCCUAUGUUUUAUAAAUUAUUGAUUAAGUUAUUCGUUAAUAAAAAAAACAUAUUAAAUUACAA